GACCCGUGAAAGGAGAGGCGUGGUUUAUUAGAAUAUUAAAAUGGCGGAUGAGAAAAUAGAUUUUGAAGGAUUGGAAGAUUUUGAUUAUAAUAACCCACCUACUGGUGACAUUGAGGCUCAAAAAGAAGAGAAAACUUCUAUGUCAGAAAGCAAGGGAGAGAAUGAGCAGCCUAAAGGGUCCUGGUUUGGCAUAUUUCAUUUAGAAUAUUAUCAGAGUUUCUUUGAUGUCACGACUAAUGAAGUGUUACAUCGCAUUGCUGCUGGUAUUGUACCAUAUCCAUUCAACCUUGCAUCAAUAGUCUCUUCUAAUCCUGAUCUCUAUGGUCCUUUCUGGAUCUGCAUGACUCUUGUACUAACCACUGCUCUCUCUGGAAACAUUUCAAAGUUCUUCAGUGGCAGUGUUAAAUGGGACUUUCAUUUCCACGAGGUCAUAGUCCUCCUAACUUGCAUAUACGUGUACACAAUAUGCCUUCCAUUGGGUCUGUGGGGGCUGAUGGUCUGGAGGAAAGUUGAUGGUAGAUAUUCUUUAUUUCAACUGCUGACAGUGUACGGAUACUCCAUGUCUGCCUUUAUACCAUUGACACUUCUUUGGUUGAUUAAUAUAGAGGCUUUGAGGUGGUUGUUGCUAAUUGUAGCUAUUGCCCUUUCAGGAUCGGUAUUGACCAUGUCACUCUGGCAAACAUUCCGUAAUGAAACCAAGAACGUAUCAUUGAUUGUUAUGCUGUUUGUUGUACUACUUCAUGCUGGGAUUGCGAUUGGUUUUAAGUUCUUUUAUUUCAGGCAGAUCAGUUAUAGUCCCGUGCAGCCCACAACAGCAGGAACCGUUUCAACAACACUUGCAAUACAUUCCAUUACCAAUGCAACUAAUGCCAAUGCACUUCAUUAAAAAUAAUAUCAUUAUUAUUAAGAUAUAUUAUUAUUAUUAUUAUUAAGU